CAGAUUACCAUAACACGCUUUCGUUAGCUAUAUGGACCCAUUUCGUUGCUCCAGCAAUUUCUCUGAAAUUUCUUCUACUCCGGCAACAAUAGAUGCCUUAGCAAUCGACUCCUAAUUCUGGGAAAUUUUCCUGGUCUUCCGGAGACUUAUAAAUGGUGACAAUAGAAGCUAUAACGAUCUACUCUUAAUUCUGCAUUCAUUCAUAAUUUGCUCUUCCCCUGAAGUGCUUGUUCAUCCCCGGCAUCAGUCAGAUUCAAAGCUUCAGAUUCUUCUAUCUCUUUUGUGGGGUUGAAGAUAUGGUUGAUGCGAUAGUUACGGUAUUCUUGGAAAGGCUGUUGAAUGCUCUAGCAGAGGAAGGUCGUGUUAUUAAUGAGUUCAGGGACCAUUUUGUUAAGUUACAGAGUGAACUCAUACUCAUGCAAUGCUUCCUCAAAGAUGCAGAAAAGCUCAAGAGGAAGAGGGAGGAUCUGACCCUAAGAAAUAUCAUGACUGUUUUGGGAGAGAUGAUUUAUGAAGCUGAGGAUAUACUUGCAGAUUGCCAACUUCAAUCACAGACUGAUAAUCAGCUUUCCAAUAGCUGGUUAACCUGUAUCUAUCCUCUGAAGCUUCCUUUUCAGUAUAAAGCCGGAAAGCGCCUUAGAGAAAUCAAUGAGAAAAUCACCACUAUCAAGCAAAACAUUUCAACUUAUCUUGGAGUACCGAUUUUAAACCAACCAGAUGCAAUAGAUGCUCAAAAUGACCAAUUGCCUAGAUGGAGCUCUCCUGUGUAUGACCAUACCCAGGUGGUUGGUUUAGAAGGUGAUAAAAGAAAGAUCAAAGAUUGGUUGCUUGAUGCAGAUCAGGGCAUACUGAGAAUUGGUGUUGCUGGUAUGGGUGGUUUAGGCAAGACAACAAUUGCUCAGGAAGUCUUCAAUGAUAGGGAAAUGGAUACUCACUUUGAAAGAAGAAUGUGGGUAUCUAUUUCUCAAAAAUUUACUGAAGAGCAAGUCAUGAGAAGCAUGUUAAGAACUUUGGGAGAUGUUAGCAUAGGAGACGACAGAGGGGAAUUGCUGAAGAAAAUCAAUCAAUAUCUUUCAGGAAAAAGGUAUUUGAUUGUGCUGGAUGAUGUAUGGAGCUUGGACGUUUCUUGGUGGCAUAGAAUCAAUGAAGGGUUGCCAAAAGGUAAUGGGAGCAGUGUUAUUAUUACAACGAGAAACGAGGAAGUUGCUCGAAAAAUGGGAGUGAAGGAAGAAAUGAUUCAUUGGCCCAAAUUCCUUAGCGACGAUGAUAGUUGGUUGCUAUUUCGGAAAAUAGCCUUUGCGGGCAGUGAGGCUGAGUGCAUUUACCCUGAGUUAGUGGAUGUUGGAAAGGAGAUUGUGGAUAAGUGUAAGGGUCUGCCAUUAGCUAUCAAGGCAAUUGGAGGAUUGAUGUUGUAUAAACCAUCACGCUAUCAUGCUUGGAGGCGAAUUGCAGACCAUUUUCGAGAUGAGUUAGCAGAAAAUGAUAAUUCUGUUAUGGCUUCAUUGCAAGUAAGUUAUGAUGAGCUCCCUUCUUACUUGAGGUCAUGCUUUCUUAGUUUUGCUAUUUAUCCAGAGGAUUGUGUUAUAACAAAAGAGCAAUUGGUCCAUUGGUGGAUUGGGGAGGGAUUUGUCCCAUUGAGAGGUGGUAGAUCUUCGGUUGAAGCUGGAGAAGAUUGUUUCUCAAGGUUAAAUAACCGAUGUUUGCUAGAAGUUGUCGACAAAGCAUACAAUGGAACAAUUCAAACUUGCAAAACUCAUGACAUGGUUCGAGAUUUGGUGAUCAAAAUGGCAGAAGAUGAUGCAUUCUUUACGCCAUCUGGCAUCAAUUGUCGCCAUUUGGGGAUUAGUAACUCAAUUGAUCCAAAACUUCUUGUGUCAAAUAAGAAGUUACGAGCAUUGCUGUCCACAACCAAAACUGGUGAAGUGAAUCAGAUUAAUUCCGACUCUGCAAAUAAGGUGAGCGACUGUGUAUAUAUGCGUGUUCUGGACCUUUCCAAAUCAAUAUUUGAAUUGCCCCUCACGGGUAAGUUAUAUCAAAAUAUUGGUUCCUUGCAACACCUCACUUAUCUCAGCUUGAGCAACACUCAUCCUUUGAUUCAAGUUCCUCAUUCAUUGGAAAAGCUGAGUAACCUUCAAAUUCUUGAUGUAAGUUAUUGUCAAAAUCUAAAGAUGUUACCCUCUUGUCUUGUGAAGUUUAAGAAACUGAGGGUCUUAGAUGCGAGCCAUUGUGGCUCACUUGAGUACUUGCCAAAAGGGCUGGGAAAGCUUUCAAAUCUGGAAGUGUUGUUGGGGUUUAGGCCUGCUAGAUCAAGCCAAUCUGAAGGUUCUCGGAUUGCUGAAUUGAGAAAUUUGACACGACUUAGAACGCUUGGAUUGCAUUUCACUCAAGGCGAUGAGAUAGGAGAUAUUGAAGUGAAUGCAUUGGUAAACCUCCAAGAAUUGCAGUUUCUGACGAUAAGUUGCUUCGAUGACCAUGGCAACGAUCUUGUUGAUAAGCUUGAUAAACUCUUUCCUCCACAACAACUCCAUGAACUCUCUCUCAAAUUUUAUCCUGGUAAGAUUAGCCCCAUCUGGCUCAAUCCCAUUUCACUCCCUAUGUUGCGGUUUGUUUCUAUUUCCUCCGGGAAUCUUGCAAAAGCCCAUGACAGGUUUUGGGGAGAGGAUAAUACUGUUUGGAAAAUUGAGGGAUUGAUGCUGGAGUCCAUCUCAGAUUUGACAUUGGAAUGGUCAAUGAUGCAACAAGUGAUGCCAUCUUUAAGAAUUGUUAAUGUUAGCUGGUGUCCAAAUCUUGAUUCUUUCCCUGUUGAAGAUGUUGGAUUCAGAGGUGGUGUAUGGAGCAAAGAAGCACGCAGAAGCUAGUUUUAGGGACAUUUGCAUAAUAAAAUGUAUUUUUUUGACAUGUAAAAUCCAAGGUUACUGUUUUGUAAACUGUUAUUUUCACACAAAAGCACUCGUAAUAUGCCCUUUGUUACUGUUUUUAUAUUCCACAUUCA